GAUUUAGCAUGAUGUAGAAGAAACAGAUCCACGGACAUGUUUGUGUAUAUAUAAAUUCAACCCCAGAAGAAGUUGCAGGCUCUUGAUUUCCAUUACAACGCAUCUCCGAUUCCCCAAAUCUGUCUGAAACCGACAAGGAAGGCGAUCCUAUAGGAGAGAGAAAGGAAGGAGAAAGGUGGAAUGGAGGAUGAUGAACAGAAGAAUAAGGUCCAUAAAAAGACUAUUUGGAUGCUCGAUCCUCCCACAGACAGACCCGUUCGUGUCUACGCUGAUGGCAUAUACGAUCUCUUCCACUUCGGUCAUGCUCGUUCCCUUGAACAAGCCAAGAAAUCGUUUCCAAAUACUUAUCUGUUGGUUGGAUGCUGUAAUGAUGAGGUCACCCACAGCCUAAAGGGCAAAACAGUCAUGACUGACAAAGAGCGAUAUGAAUCCCUUCGCCAUUGCAAGUGGGUUGAUGAAGUUAUCCCAGAUGCCCCUUGGGUUAUGAAUCAGGAAUUUAUAGAUAAACAUAAGAUUGACUAUGUGGCUCAUGACUCUCUUCCUUACGCUGAUGCAAGUGGAGCAGGAAACGAUGUUUAUGAAUUUGUCAAAUCAAUUGGAAGAUUUAAGGAAACAAAAAGAACAGAAGGAAUUUCCACAUCAGAUAUAAUCAUGAGAAUUGUGAAAGAUUAUAAUAAUUAUGUGAUGAGAAAUUUGGAUAGAGGUUACUCAAGAAAAGACCUUGGUGUUAGUUAUGUGAAGGAAAAGAGGUUGAGAGUUAACAUGAGUUUAAGGAAACUCCAUGAAAAAGUAAAGAAGCAACAAGAAAAGGUGGAAGAGAAGAUCCACAUAGUAGCAAAAACUGCAGGGAUGAAUCAUAAUCUGUGGGUGGAGAAUGCUGAUCGUUUGGUUGCUGGUUUUCUUGAAAUGUUUGAAGAAGGUUGCCAUAAAAUGGGGACAGCAAUAAGAGAUCGGAUUCAAGAACAGUUGAAAAACAAGGGAAAUGCAGGGGAACUGACAUAUGAGAAAGAUGAGGAAGAUGAAGAAGAUGAAGAGGAGUAUUAUUACGAUUAUAGCACUGAAGAAGAAGUCUAUUCAGAUGGAGGUGAAGUUGAAGUUGAAGGGGCAAAACAGUCAAGUUGAUUUCUUAUAUGUAAAGUAGCUCAUAUCACAUUCACAUGGUGUUAUUGACUAUUCAUGAUGUAGGUUUUUUCUUUUUCUUUUUCUUAAAAAAAAAAUAUAUAAGUUUAUGUAAUAAUGAAAAAUAUGAAUAUGAAGAUUCUGUGUGGGACAGGUUUUGAAUGUGUGUGAAACUGUUUUAAGGCCAUCAACUAUUGGCUUGUUUGUUUAGUUAUAUGUAUACAUGGUGAAAUUGUAUA